AUGGAGAUCAGACCUAAUAAUGAUAGAAGCUGGUUUCUUACUGCUGUUUAUGCAAGUCCCCAAGAGCAAAAUAGGAGAAGCUUAUGGAAGGAGCUAAAUGAAAUAGGCAUAAACCUGAAGGGGGAGUUGCUUCUGGUAGGUGACUUCAAUGAAAUAGCUAACCCUAAUAAGAAGAAAGGAGGAGCUAGGACUGAUAUAAAUGCUUGUAGAAGUUUUGCUAAUUGGAGGGUAAGGUUCGAUGAGGCUAAGCUUGAAGCUCUAACCAGAACGCAUUCGGAUCACCACCCAAUUCUUAUGACAUUAAAUCCUCUCCAGAACCAGCGCAUGGAUCGACCAUUCAGAUAUGAAGCUAUGUGGAGCCUUCAUCCUGAUUUUGGUAAUUGUAUUGCUCAGAAUUGGAAGGAUCAGAUGGACUUAAAGCAAUCUCUUGAAGAUCUAACCAUUGUUUUGAAAGGGUGGAACAAGAAAACUUUUGGGAACAUUAAUAAGAGGAAAAAGGAGAUUAUGAGAAGACUGGGCAGAAUACAAUGA